AUGGUGGUUGAGCCGCCAAAUGGGAUUAGACAAGAGGGGAAACAUUACUACACGAUGUGGCAAACAUUAUUCGAAAUCGAUACUAAGUAUGUUCCGAUUAAGCCAAUUGGAAGGGGAGCUUAUGGUGUGGUUUGUUCUUCAAUCAAUAGAGAGACCAAUGAGAGAGUUGCUAUUAAAAAGAUCAACAAUGUCUUUGAGAAUCGUAUUGAUGCUUUGAGAACAUUGAGAGAGCUUAAGCUUCUAAGGCAUGUGAGACACGAAAACGUUAUCGCACUUAAAGAUGUUAUGUUGCCUCCUCAUAGGAACAGUUUCAAAGAUGUUUAUUUGGUCUAUGAGCUUAUGGAUUCUGAUUUGAAUCAGAUCAUUAAAUCCUCUCAGUCGCUAUCCGAUGAUCACUGCAAGUACUUCUUGUUUCAGUUGCUAAGAGGAUUGAAGUAUCUUCAUUCUGCAAAUAUCCUUCACCGCGACUUGAAGCCCGGGAAUCUCCUAGUGAAUGCUAAUUGUGAUCUUAAGAUUGGUGAUUUCGGGCUUGCGAGAACCAGCAGAGGCAAUGAACAGUUUAUGACAGAGUAUGUGGUCACACGUUGGUACAGAGCACCCGAGCUUCUUCUUUGUUGUGACAACUACGGGACCUCCAUCGAUGUUUGGUCGGUAGGGUGCAUAUUCGCAGAGAUUCUUGGCCGAAAACCGAUUUUCCCGGGAACAGAAUGUCUCAACCAGCUAAAGCUAAUCAUAAAUGUUGUUGGUAGCCAACAAGAAUCUGAUCUAAGGUUCAUAGAUAACAGGAGAGCUCAGGGAUUUAUAAAGUCUCUUCCUUUCUCAAAGGGUACACACUUUUCUCAGAUUUACCCGCACGCUAAUCCUCUAGCGAUAGAUUUGUUAAAGAGGAUGCUUGUGUUUGAUCCAACCAAGAGAAUAUCGGUCAGCGACGCGCUUUUGCAUCCUUACAUGGCCGGAUUGUCGGAACUCGGAUGCGAUUCGCCGGAAAAUGUUCCGGUUAGUCUUGAUAUUGAUGAGAAUUUGGAAGAAGCUUUUUUGUUUGGAGUUUUUGGUGUUGCAACUGUACCUGUACCCGAUUCGAACUGCUACGCUCUUGACAAUUCAAGUCGUCUUGUCGACUUUAGUAGCUGGAUCGGUCAUCCAUUUGAAUAUGAUGGGAAGGAAUUUGAUUUGGUGGUUAGAUUUUGCAAGGAUGUCGAAACAAGAGGGCAAGCGGGAUAUGUUGAUUUUGGACGAUAUGACCCGUUGAGCUACUUUGUUUCUAGUUCUAGAAAUUUCGAUUUCGUUCAAGGGUUUUACCACGGAGACCUGUCAAAUUGUGAGCUGAGUUACGAUAAACUUGGACGUACAUCACAGGUUAAUAUUAUUUGUGGGAACUGUGCUGAUGGACGAUGUAAAGGUGGACUUGGAUGCAUAUGUAGUGUAACCCAAGAUUCAACUUGCAGAGUUACUGUCGAGUUGGCUAUUCCAUGUGAGAAACCUGGCCCGCGGGUGUUUAAAGGAUUCACGGUCGGUUUGCAUCCUCGCUCAUGGGAAAUUAUUUAUAAUGGCAUGACACAAUUUGGAUUUGAGAAGCCUCGUCGUGAGUUUAGCUUCAAGACCGAGCAAACUCAUCUUACACUCUAUAUGACUGCAAUUGCUUCGUUAUCAACAUUGGUCGGGAAACCUAUCAUUAAGGUUUUCCCAGAAAAUGGUCUUAACGUUAAGAUAGUUGGUUCUUCGUUGACUGGGAAUCAUCCAACAACUUUAUCGCCUUCAACUUUAGUACUGGAUUGGAAUUGUGAGAAAUCUCGGCAAACUCCAUAUGAAGUCAAUGUCACCAUCCCAAUGGAUGGUUAUGAUCCGGUUCAGUUUUUCCUCACAAAACUCUGCGAAUACAACCAAGGUACUGAAGGAGGAUCAGCGAAAGGAUGGGCUAUAUUUGGAGUAUUUUCCUGCGUAUCUCUCGUUGCAUUUACACUGUUCUGCUGUGGAGGAUUUAUCUACAAAACAAGAGUAGAAUGCGUGCGUGGAAUUGAUGCAUUGCCGGGAAUGUCACUUCUAUCAGGCUUACUAGAAACUGUGAGUGGAAGUGGACAAAGCUACUCAAGAAGUGAAGAAAUCAACAAUGCUUUUGCCAAUGAAGUCUCAUGGGACCGAUCUUCCGCGAGUUCUACUCAAGCACCAACACAGAGACCAAGUGAAAGAACAUAUGGGGCUAUAUAA